AUGGGAAACUGGCUGUCCACCAAAGAACCACCACCGCCAAUGGUGUUGGUUCCUCCGCUAUUCGAUUUUCCUCCACUCGCUGCUCGUACUAGGAUGCUGGAACCAUCGUACAACUUGUUGUUCGGUAAACUUGCACUUAGGUGUUUGUUCGAUGAUUACUUUGAGGACGCCCGCCAUUUCACCACCAGGAUAAUGCUUAAGCCGAUUGACGAUCCCCACGUUGAUUUGAUUGCUACUGUGGCAGGUCCACUAGAUCACAAACCUGAGGAGAACAUUGUGGGGAAUGCACAAUUUCGUUGGCAAAGUGACGUUGAUGAUCCCCAUACAUUCAUGGACCUUUUCGUAUCAAAUUCUGAACCGAUUUUGCUUUUAAGGUCAUGUGCAUAUUAUCCUAGAUUUGGUUUUGGAGCUUUUGGCAUCUUCCCGGUGCUUUUAAAGAAAAGAGUAUCUUCUGAAGAUUACGGUGUUAUGGGUUUGCGAUAUGGGUCAUCAAAUUUGUCAGUGGGAGCUACUGUUCAUCCUUUCUCAAUGGGAGAUGAAGUUCCAAAGAGUGCUUGGCUGGUGAGCAAAAUGGGACGGCUGACAGCAGGAGUCCAAUAUGAACCCAAAUUUGGAAGCAAGGAUGUGGCAAAAUAUAAAAAUUUAGCUAAUUGGAGCUGUGCUAUUGGAUAUGGGUUAGGCUCUGGAAGUCCCCUGAGUCCCUCUUUCAAUUUUGGUCUCGAAUUAGCCAAAAAUUCCCAGUUUAUUGCCUCAUUCUAUCAGCACGUGGUUGUCCAACGACGAGUGAAAAAUCCAUUUGAAGAAAAUGAAGUGGUUGGAAUCACCAAUUACAUUGAUUUUGGUUUUGAGUUGCAGACAAGGAUUGAUGAUGAGAAGAAACCGAAUAGUAUUCAAGAUUCUUCUUUUCAAGUUGCUGCAUCUUGGCAAGCCAAUAAAAACUUCUUGCUUAAGGGGAAGUUGGGACCUCUGAGCUCCUCAGUGGCUUUAGCUUUCAAGUCUUGGUGGAAACCAUCUUUUACUUUCAAUAUAUCAGCAACCAGAGACCGUACCAAAGGAGAAACAUCUUUUGGUUUCGGCAUUCGUGUGGACAAUCUCAGAGAAGCAAGUUAUCAGAGAGCUGAUCCGAAUUUUGUAAUGUUGACACCUAACAAAGAGCAUCUCGCGGAAGGCAUACAUUGGAAGAUGGGGAAGAGACCCAUGCUUCAAUCUGACGUAAAUUCCGGGAAUUUUGAUGGCAUACCCAGGGAACUGAGACCCCUGGGUCAAAUUUUGUAG